GAAACACUAUCACAUUUUCGUCGGUGACUUGAGCCCCAGAGAUCGAAACGAACACUCUCAGAGAGGCCUUCGCGCCGUUCGGAGAAAUUUCAGACUGCCGUGUGGUACGAGACCCUCACACCCUCAAGUCCAAGGGAUACGGCUUUGUGUCUUUCAUUAAAAAAGCGGACGCUGAAACUGCAAUCACCAACAUGAACGGGCAAUGGAUUGGUUCUCGCAACAUCCGCACCAACUGGGCUACCCGUAAGCCGCCAGCGCCUAAAAAUAAUGAUGCCAACCAGAAACCCCUGACAUUCGACGACGUCUACAACCAGUCGUCACCUACAAACUGCACCGUCUACUGCGGGGGCAUCACCAACGGCCUUUCGGAGGAGCUCAUGCAGAAAACUUUCGCGCCUUACGGACAGAUCCACGAGAUCCGGGUCUUCAAAGAUAAAGGCUAUGCAUUCGUAAGGUUUUCAACGAAGGAAUCAGCUACACAUGCCAUCGUGUCUGUGCAUAACUCCGAGAUCAACGGCCAACCAGUCAAAUGCUCGUGGGGGAAGGAAUCUGGUGACCCUAACAACACUCCCGUCACUACUCAGGUCAUGACGCUGACCGAUGUGUCCGAAUGCUUGUCUUUGCAGCCGCUGCCGGGGUCGCAGUACCCGUACAACUACGCCGGCCAGAUGGGCUACUGGUACCCUCAGGGCUACCCAGCUCAGGUGCAGGGACAACAGUUCCUGGGCAUGCAAGGCUUCGCUUACGGACAGUAUGGCUACCAGCAGGGAAUGGCGGGGAUGCCAGGUGUUCCCACUUGGCAAGGAGUACCCCAGCCUCAGCUGCCCACUGGUCAAAUGGCACAACUCCAGCAACCGACAUCGAUGGUGGGAGCUUACCCCGUACAGCAGUUCCAGCUGUCGAGCCCCUACCUCCUGGGCAGCACCCCCGGCACCUUGGUGCAGUAAUGGAUGAGGUGUAGGACACUGAUGAAGGUCCUCCCCAUCCUUCUCCUCCUCCUCCUCCUCCUCCUUUGGACGGCGGAAGCAUCACAAGAUGUCACACUAAACUCCUCUGACUAUGUGAUAUGUCGCCGACAACGCAGUGUUUAGUGGAUAUCAUGAUUGUUAAUGCUGCAGUUCUUAAUCUCGGUGUUUGUGGGCAGACUUUUGGCGAGCGUUGGGUGAUGGGGCCUCGCGUGGCGCUGACCUGUCAUGACCCGAGUUACACCAAACCACAUGUUAAGACCUAACUGGAGUGAUGAUGUGCGGUAGUUUUCAUUCACUCUUGUCUUGGUGCUCACCCUCGUGUCAACCCUCAACCAACCAACACCAUAAUGUUGUCACACCAGCGAGAAGGGGGCUGUUGCAUGGAAUUUCAAUAAGCUCAGUUUUCUAUUGAAAAAUCAUGAAAAUUUCACUUGCUGAAGUACUGUACAAAGGCUCCACUAUAGCGCUGAGUCACAACAGAUCCUGGACACAUCAGCAGAGCACACUUACAUCUGUAGGAGAGCUACUAAGGCUGUUUUCAAGUGUCAUAGGAGCGCAGUAGUUGUAGCUUUCAAGACUGUAUUAACGCACAAAGAGUCCACCACGGGUAACAUGGGUGCAUAGCAGAGCCGUGGGCGUGCAAAUACAGUGAUCCUUCCAAAACAAAUGAGGACAUGGGCUUGAGAAGUCCGCCCAUACCGGUCAGCUCAUGCUGAGGUCCCGUCGCCUUCUGUGUGGUCUCUGCAAUGUUGCUGGUUUCAUUGAAGACUCGAUCAGACGUAGUAUCAUUUGGUGUGCAGACCCUCGGACAAGCGUCAGUAUAUUUAUAAUUGCAGUGAAGAACCUCCCACGAGCUUCAUCUCCUGUGCAGACCACCUAAGUACAGUAACAGUGCACCACAUAUCACAUUAUGAUUAUGAAGAAACAGCAACAUUUGCAAUUACAGCCACCAGCAUGUACAUAAGAAAUAUAUAGUGCAAUAUAACUAAGAUAUAACAAUGCCCUCUUACAUAAUUUAAUGAGCACAGAUAGUGGUUAAAAGCGUUGUUAUAUUUGUGUGCGAGGUUCUAUAUUUUCUUAUGGUAUUGUAUAAUGGGUUUUGAGAAAUAAUGGUAAUAUUUUGUUUAAGAGGGCUUGGUAUGUUGAUGCUCGCAAUGUACAAAGACUCAUUAUGGGAAUCUGGUGACUAUGUUAAAUGGGACACUCUUGAUGUGUGUAUAGAUGGUGGGUGUGUGAUGUGGUCUGUAGGAUGCUCCCCAGAACCCAUGUAGUUAGUUGUAGGCCGAUUCCUUUGGUUAUUUUUUGUGACUGUUGAGUGAUUAUAAUAUGUUUGCCAGCCCGUAGUUUAAGUGUGUGCCGUCAGUGUGGAGCCUCACCCUAGAUAUCUGUAUAGGUGUCGCCAAGCUUGUAGUGUGCGCUAGUCACUCAGUGGGCCUGUAGCGGCCCCGCUGAUGCCGCCGCUGAAGCCGCCGCAGCAUGAGCCACGGGACAGUAUCGUAGCCUCCUGUAGCCAAAUGCUUAGUGUAAGGCAGUCUUGUAUACCGACGGUAGUGUAGUGCAGCGUAUUGGGGCUGUGCCUGCUGGGCUGCAGCUGGUCAGUUCCUUUGGUCUAUCACAAAGUUGCUGAAAAGCAAUGAGAUGGAUUUUAGACAACUGACCAUGGGCAUUAUAGGCAGCCCUGCCUCUGGCUGCCAAGACUCAGUGCAGUACUGCUGCUUGCGGGCCGGGGUUGCCGUAGACCCGCCCACAGCAGGACGCCCCACCCGCCUGCGACAAACCACUCUGAACUGCGGUCAGCUUUCACUAGGUUAAUAAGAAGAAUGUAAUAUAUAUUCAUAAUAUAAUGAUACAUAUAUACUGCAUAGAAAAUAUGCACUAUCUAUCGUACGUAGGUUGUCCCAGGUGCCGC